CCGGCUCUCAGGUGAUCCCGGCUCUCAGGUGAUCCCGGCUCUCAGGCGAUCCCGGCUCUCAGGUGAGCCCAGCCCCGGCUCUCAGGUGAGCCCAGCCCCGGCCCGCAGGUGAGCCCAGCCCGCAGGUGAGGCCAUGGCGUACCGGGAGCUGCUGCGGCGCUGGCACGAGGCCGUGCGGGAGGCAGACCGCGGGCACUGGGACGCUGCCCUGGACACCUGGAGCAGCAUCGCGGAGCCACCGGCCAGGAUCUGCUUCAACAUGGGCUGCGUGCAGCUGCUGGCCGGGCGGCCCGAGGCGGCGCUGAGGGCAUUCAAUAAAACCAUUGAGAAGGACAAUUCCCUGGCUGUGGGCUACUUCCAGAGAGGAUUUGUGCACCUGCAGCUGGAAAUGUAUGAAGAAGCUCUCUCUGACUAUCACAUGGCCUUCAGUCACCUAAGACAAAAUCCCUUCAUCGAUUACAAGCAGCUGGGGCUGAGGCACAUCCUCUAUGCCUGGGAGGUGCUGUACAGCAUUGCAGCAGUGCAGUGCCACCUGCAGCAGUGGCAGGAGGCCAGAGUCACCCUCGAGCAGGCUGUUGUGUGGAGACCUGAAAGAAGAGCAGCAGUGCUGGAGCUGGCCCUCGAGCGGGUGCAGGACCACCUGUUUUUAGAGCCCAUGCUGGUUCCUCUCGGGGAGCUUUUCAGACCACGAAAGAAGGAAGUUGAGCAGCUGGAUUCAAAAGAUUUCCUGGGUAAACCCAAGGUGAUCUCAUCCAUCAUUCCCAACGAUGAGUACAUUGGCUUCGAGCCUCUCAGGCCUCAGAAACAGGGCUUUUAUGAACCCAGCGCCGGUGCUCUGCGGGAUGCCGAGUCCGGGUACCAGCGGCUGCUGUCCCGGUACCGCCCCCGGGAGCCGCAGGGGCUGGAGGUGCCUGCAGGGAGCCUGGUGUUUGUGCUGAGCAGGGCAGCAGACGGCUGGGCCACGGCCAUCCACGAUGGGCAGAAGCUGCACAUCCCGAGCUCUCUCCUGGAGCCUGCCCCGAGGAUGGAGAAAUGGAACAGCACUGGGAUUCCUCUUCCUCCUGCCCAGGUGCCUCCCAGCUGCCUUCACGUGAAGCAGAAGCCAGAUGCUCCCAGGGAACAAAAUGCCUCUGCCAGUGAUGCCAGUGCCCACGUGGACUCCAAGAUGUCCCCGAGGAGCGGGGAGGCCGCUGCGGGCACGGCCAGGCCGGUGGUGCUGCGGCUGCGCUGCGAGUGCUCCGUGGUGCUGCGGGCAGGAGAGGCUCCAGCCCUGCCAGCCCUGCGGGCCCUGCUGCAGGACACGCUGGCACAGCAGGCACAGCAGGGCACGCUCAGCUACAGGCUCCUGGAUGGCACAGAGCUGGGGACAGUGUCAGGACAGGAGGAGCUGGGGAAGGUGUGGCAGCAGCUGAUAGAGGGCAGGCUGACACUCUGCUGCCAGGACUCAGACUCCCACUCGGGCAGGCCUGUUCUCUACCAGAUGCUGGCUCAGCACUCUUACCUGGCACAGGGACCAGGGGACCUGGAGUUCAGCAAGGGAGAUGUGCUGGAUAUCCUCUCUGAAGUGAACGAGGACUGGCUGGAAGGACGCUGCAAUGGCAAGACUGGCAUCUUCCCCAAAUGCUUUGCCACCCAGACCAGCUGUGGUGCUGCCUUCCCAUAGCAAACAGGAGCCUUUUCCUGCCUGACUGCACCCCCAGGGGUGGGAGGCACUGCUCCCAGCUCAUUUGGGCCCCAGCCAGCACAGCCAGGAGCUCUGCUGUACCUGGACAGGGGAUAUCUUCCACUCAGAUCCAUGGGGUCAGUUCCAGCAGUGAUGGCAUUUCCCACAGCCUGUUCCCUGACCUGGAAUUUAUACCUCGUGCUUCCACUGUGUGUCUGUGCAGAGCAGGGAGAGGGCUCUGGGCUCUGGCUGUGGGAAUUGUCCAUGUGGCAGCUCAG